GACGUUUGCUGAUUGUCAAAACUUUUGAAAUGCCGUAUACAAUAAUUUAUUUGAAAUAAAAUAAAUAAAGUGAACCGAUAUACAAUGGGUUGUUUUUAUUCUAGACGUGUUGAAAAUGACAGCCCUUACGACAUGUCGCCGAUCCGUCAUCUACCGGUGAUCUUCGUGAACGGCGUGCCGGGCGCUGGUAGCCAAACGGUGGCCGAGACCAUCGCCACCAUGACGGGCUACACCACGGUGCGGCCCGGCGACCUGCUGCGACACGAGGCCGCGCGCGACACGACGCGGGGACGACUCGUCGCCGAUAGGAUGCGGGCGCAGGAGGAAAUACCCGAUCAAUUAACGGUGGACCUAAUAAAGGAGAGCAUGCUGCAGCAGCAGGACGCGACGGGGUUCAUCCUGGUGGGGUUCCCGCGCACGCGCCGCAUGUCCAGCAUCUUCAACAGACAAGUCAAAUGCCCGGAGAAGAUCGUCGCGCUAGAAGUGGAUGAUGAGGUGGCAGCGACUCGCCUGCAGAACAAGCUGUCGGAGCUGGGUCGGCCGGCGUCGGAGGUGAGCUCGGCGCGCCAGAUCGUACGCCGCGCCGCCAGUAACGUCCGCAGCGUACACAAGCGGCACAGCGGCCAUGUUGUCACGGUGAAUAGUGCCGACAAUCCAACCACUCUGGCGUCCACCCUGAAAGAGAUGCUCUCAGACAUGAUCCAGGACAAAAAGGAGCCACAGGAGGAUAGCAGAAGAGAAGAGAAUAUGCCGGACGUGACGUCAUCGCCCGCCCUUCUCACAGAGGAACAGCAGGAGAGAGAAAUACAACCACAGAGCAUAGAAGAGCCUGUGGUUACUUAACGGAAUUACAUAUAGAGGGGGAUUUAGGCAAAUCACAAACUAUGUGUGUGGAAUUGUAGACUUCAUAUGAUUUUUGUAUUUUAAUUCGUUUAAUAAAUAUAUUUUGUUUUUCAA